CCCCGAACACACCAUGCCUGGCCGAGUAAAGAAACGUUCCCCUUUGAAGGCGCCAGAGAGGCCGUAUAUUGCUCUCGGACUCGAGGGAUCGGCCAAUAAAUUCGGCGCAGGGAUCAUCAAGCACUCAACGGACGGCUCGACCCUUGUUCUCUCCAACGUCAGGCACACCUAUAUCACGCCCGCUGGAGAAGGCUUUCUACCCCGCGAUACUGCGCAACACCAUCGUGAAUGGGCGCUGACGGUCAUCAACGAUGCUCUCAGCAAGGCGGGAGUGUCCUUGCAUGACAUCGACUGUAUCUGUUACACCAAAGGUCCCGGCAUGGGAGCACCGUUGGUAUCUGUGGCACUCGUUGCGCGUACGCUGUCGCUACUGUACAACAAGCCCCUGGUUGGCGUAAAUCACUGCGUAGGCCAUAUCGAGAUGGGUCGGCAGGUUACCGGCGCACAAAACCCGGUCGUACUCUACGUUUCGGGCGGAAACACGCAAGUGAUCGCAUACUCGCAGCAGUGCUAUCGCAUCUUCGGGGAGACCCUCGAUAUCGCCGUCGGGAACUGCCUCGACCGCUUCGCGCGCGUCAUCAACCUCAGCAACGCCCCCAGCCCCGGGUACAACAUCGAGCAGGAAGCGAAGAAGGGUAAGCGACUGCUCCCUCUGCCUUACACCACGAAGGGGAUGGACAUCAGCCUGUCUGGCAUCUUAACUUCCACCGAGGCAUACACUUACGACAAGCGAUUCCGGCCUGGUGGGCCGUCUGCGGAAGACGGCGAGGACAUCAUCACGCCACAGGAUCUGUGCUUCUCGCUGCAGGAGACCGUGUUUGCGAUGCUCGUCGAGAUCACCGAGCGCGCGAUGGCGCACAUCGGCAGCAAGGAGGUGCUCAUCGUUGGCGGUGUAGGAUGCAACGAGCGACUGCAGGAGAUGAUGGGCGUCAUGGCGAGGGAGCGUGGCGGGAACGUCUUCGCCACAGACGAGCGAUUCUGCAUUGACAAUGGCAUCAUGAUAGCCCAGGCCGGGCUGCUGAGCUUCCGGAUGGGCCACGAAACGCCGCUAUCAAAAAGCACAUGCACACAGCGGUUCCGGACGGAUGAAGUGCACGUUGCUUGGAGAGCAUGAGUUUGACGAUGCGAAUGCAGUUGUCUGAUCUUGUUGUAUGCUGGAGUGUACUGGUACGUGAACCCGAUGUAUCCAUCUAUCUUAUGUUCGCC